CUUAAAUUCGUAUUACGAAAGAGAUAAUCAAAAAAAAAAUGUUUUUUGCUUUAUCUUCUCACGUCCAUUAAUUAUAAACACUUUAAGUAGAUAAUAAUCAAAGAAAAGCAUAGAAAUUACUUUGUCGUUUUCUAUUUUUCGACAAUUUAGUCCACAAUUACGUUUGUUUUCGUACCAAAUGUUUAUAGUUUUGCAAUUUCAAAAUUGACGCAAAUCCUCACUUUUGGGAGUAUUUAAAAGGUUUCAAAUCGAUUUAAUUUCGUAGUACUCAAAAAUGGAUAGGGAGAUGUUGCAAAAAAGGCCAUUUAAGAAUCCAUUUCAUCGACCGUGGAUGGAAGAUAGUGGAACGGCGGCUAUAAAUCCGAGACAAGCGUUUAAAGGGAUCAUCGCAGGAGGAAUAACUGGGGGAAUUGAAAUAUGCAUAACUUACCCCACGGAAUACGUAAAAACCCAAUUACAACUCGACGAAAAAGGAUUAAAAAAGCAAUACAAUGGUAUCGGAGAUUGUGUGGUUAAAACCGUACGAAAUCAUGGUUUCUUUGGGUUAUACCGGGGAUUAAGCAUUUUAAUUUACGGUUCAAUACCGAAAGCGGGCUGUCGAUUUGGUGCCUUCGAAUUUUUAAAAUCGCUCUCAAUGGACGAGUAUGGAAAUAUAUCUCCGUUCGCCCGUUUCUUUUGCGGAAUGGGAGCCGGCGUUGCCGAGGCCAUUUUUGCGGUCACCCCAAUGGAAACGGUUAAAGUUAAAUUUAUAAACGACCGUCGUAGCAUGAACCCAAAGUUCCACGGCUUCGUACACGGCGUUUCGAUGAUGGUGAAAGAAGAUGGGGUACUCGGACUUUACAAAGGUUUAACCCCAACCAUUCUUAAGCAAGGUUCGAAUCAAGCGAUUAGAUUUUUCGUUAUGGAAACACUUAAGGAUUGGUAUCGAGGGGGUGAUCCGAAACAACCCGUCCCGAAAUAUAUAGUGGGGUUAAUGGGGGCGUUCGCCGGAGCCGCCUCGGUGUUUGGAAAUACCCCGUUGGAUGUGGUUAAAACGAGGAUGCAAGGUUUAGAAGCGAAGCAGUAUAAGAAUACUUGGGAUUGUUUCAAGAAGAUUUGGGUCAACGAGGGGCCUUUGGCUUAUUAUAAAGGAACGGUUCCCAGGUUGUCGAGAGUAUGUUUAGAUGUGGCGAUUACGUUUAUGAUUUAUGAUAGUUUCAUGGAAUUAUUUAAUAAGGCUUUUCCUUAAGGAAUUUCUUUAACAAAAAUUUGGUUAAAAAAGAGUUAAAAUCUAAAUUUUUACUUUCUGAUAGCAUUCCAAACGAAAGUAUUUCAACCGAUUGCAUUUGUAUUGACCUUAUUUUGUAUUAUUAAUUGUUUUAAAACAUU